CCACAUGCUUUAACUAGGCACUUUAUGUGGCUAUGGGAAAUUGUGGAAAGAUGCUGGUGGAAUAAUUUCAUCACUAUUGGUGAAAUUGGUGUUGAAUUGGUGAAUUCAUCACUCUUGGUCGCUAAACGCGUUGCUGCUCAUUUAAGCACAGAUCCAUUGAAAUUACGGUUUACAACGGCACAUCCAACAACUGGCACGCACAAAGCUAUAAUUAAAAGGUCGACCACUCAAACACUGUCAGAGAUGCUUCAAACAAGCUAUCUGCCUAAUUCAGCGAAUCUUUUGUAUUAUGAGAUGCUUGAAAUUAGUAUUGUGGAAUUAGAAACUAAAAAGUUCUUUAAAGUAUGCUGGCUUGGGACAACUAUUAAAGAAGAGGAAGUGAUUGAUGUUCGUCUUCCAAAGACUGCUAUAAUUAAUGACAUUUUAGAAGCACUUUUACAAAAAUUAUCAUUGUCAGUACCCACUGAUAGAAUCAGGUUGUAUGAGGUUUUGCAUUGCAAGAUUCAAAAAGAAUAUGAUUCCAACGAUCCAAUAGAUAAAAUACAAGAACAGUCGAC